AUGGCGGGAACUCACUACACUCACAAAGGAGGUGGAGUACAAUACCUUUGUCUGCCAGAAAAUCCCACGUGGCUGAAAUACCAAGAAGGCUAUCAAAUCUACGAAACUCAAAAAUUAGGUAAAACACUGUUUGGUAAAAACUUACAAAACCAAGAUGCACCUUGCGCUGCCUGCUACGUCCCGAACCGCACGGCCAAGGUCAUGGUCCCUGCAUCCUACAAGUGCCCUUUGGGCUGGACACGAGAGUACUUUGGUUACAUCAUGUCAGAGCAUCAUAAUCAUCAACGGUCAAGUAGCUUUGUUUGUGUGGACAAAGACCCUGAGUUCGUUCCUGGAAAGAUUUAGAAACGACAACGGUGCCCUUCUAUACUUUGUCCAGGCAAUGUUUCCUUGUAUCGGUUCUCCCUGUCCUUAUUCUAACGGUAGAGAACUGACAUGCGCAGUUUGCACAAAAUAAAGUUGCAGCUGUUACCAUCACUCAGUUAAACAUGUAAUGCAACCCAUUUACUAACGCACCGUGACAACUAUUGGCCAUACGUAUAGCCUCAAUGUUGAUUAACAUGUAACACAAGUAACUCUUAACGUGACAUUGGCGAAACUUGUCAGUCGUUAUACAAUGUAAGCAACUAUAGGAUCGUACAACACCGAAUAAAGCAACUUUUGGCAGGGCCCAUUACUAGGAGCCUUCCUCGUCUUCA